GUACUUUCUAUGAAGUCAGGGUUGCCAUGGUUACCAGAACUUCCUGGUUUCUUCCUCCGGACGUUUCGGAACCAGCGGCACUCGGUCCAGUUUCCAUCCCGUCCGGAGCCAGGCGGUUCUGGAGGGUUCUGGAGAACCGGGACGUUUUCCUGCUCUGUUUGCUCCGCAGCUUCAGGAUCAGCCUCUGACGUCACGCCGAUGCGCUGGUCCAAUCAGCAGCGUCCAGGACCGGGUCAGGGUCCGAUCCGCCGCGCCUGGUACCGCAGAGGGAAGCAGCGGCGGCGGAACCGGGAUGAUCCGCAGAACCGGGCGGUUCUGGUGAGGGAUGGAGACCCGGAGUUCUGGAGUCCGACGCAUGUUCGGUCUGGUUCUGCUGCUGGUCUGGGUCAGCCCGCCGAGCUGCCGGGGCAGCUGGAUGUGGCUGGGCGUGGCGCCCGGCGGAGACCCGGUCCUGAGCGGCCGGCAGCGGGCCGUGUGCCGCGGGAAGCCCUUCCUGCUGCCCGCCGUGCGGGACGGAGCCCGGCUGGCCGUGGCGGAGUGCCAGAACCAGUUCCGACUGGAGCGCUGGAACUGCUCCACCACCCGGAACCCCGCGGCCGUGUUCGGCCACGAACUGACGAGCGGAACCAAGGAGACGGCGUUCAUCUACGCGGUGAUGGCGGCGGGUCUGGUCCACUCCAUCACUCGGUCCUGCAGCCAGGGCAACAUGACGGAGUGCGGCUGCGACACCCGGCUGCGCGGCGGCGGCGGUGCGGCGGCGGAGGGCUGGCACUGGGGCGGCUGCUCGGACCACAUCCGGUUCGGAACCUGGUUCAGCCGGAGGUUCAUGGACGUCCCGGAGAAGAACUCGUCGACGGGCCGGGUCGGGUUCACGCUCAGCACCAUGAACCGGCACAACGCCGAAGCCGGACGGCAGGCCAUCGAGACGACCAUGUCCACAGACUGUCGCUGCCACGGUAUUUCUGGUUCCUGUGCAGUGAAGACCUGCUGGAGGUCCAUGGCGCCGUUCCAGCGUGUCGGCGCCUACCUGAAGGAGCGAUACGAGCGCAGCGUCCAGGUGUCGGACCGGACCAGGAGGAAGACCAGAAAAAAGGACCAGCACCACCCUGUGGACAAAAGCAAACUCAUCUACCUGAACAAGUCUCCAAACUACUGCCUGGAGGACAAGCGGCGUGGCAUCGCCGGCACCAGGGGCCGCCGCUGCAACCGGACCUCCACCGGCCCGGAUGGCUGCAACCUGCUGUGCUGCGGCAGAGGCUACAACACUCAUGUGGUGAGGAACAUCCAGCGCUGCGAGUGCAAGUUUGUCUGGUGCUGCUACGUCCACUGCAGGCGCUGCGAGAGCAUGAACGACCUGCACACCUGUAAAUGAGUCCACACCUGGAAAGGAUCGCACACCUGGAGCGGGAAGAGAAGACGGUCCUGCAUGGAUGGAGGUUCUGAUCAGAUCAGGAUCUGCAGGUCACUGCUGGAGCACAGCUCUACUUGUUAUCCAGGAGCCUGGAGGAAGCCUGGAAACAGCUUCCAGGCAGGACUUGCUCUUCCUCCAGGUCUUCUCUGCGGGACGCGUCCACUUGGAGAAGAACCUGAGACCCAACAUGGAAACUUUUUCAUUUGCAGCUGAUGUAGUGGUAGUGUUGCUUCAAACCGAGUACAAGUUAAACGUACAUCCCAGUACCAGGUAGUACCCGGUACUCAUUCAGUCCUCCCACUUUUCAACCGUGUCGUCAAACUUGUAGAAGGUGAAUCCAGAAACGGUUGAUUUGGACGGAUAGAGAUUUUACUCUCAAAGGACAUGUUGUUAUCAGUCUAUAGUGAAGCUACCGAUUCGCUAACGCUGCUCUUCCAGAUAUCAGCUCCUUGCUGAAAACAUCCAUCUUCUUCAAGUCCUGAAGUUCAGGCAACUUGGUGAUGGCUAGCAAUCUCCUACUUUGGAGAUUUUGAGAAGAUCUCCAAAUAUCUGCAAAGUACCAAAGCUGGCCCUCAGAUCAAACUGAGUUAUUAAUUCAGAGAUUACUACCGGACUGAUUGUUGCUGCUGUUGCAAAACAUCUUGAGCUCUGUGGCUUGCUGACUUCUAACUGUUUUCUCAGAUUGCUGGUGUUGAUCCUCUUGGACCUCCAGACCGCUGACAUGGCGCCUCGUCUCCUGCUUUGCUGCCCUAGCCUGCUAGCUAACGUCAGUUGGAAAUAGUUCAGCCGUUGGGGCUUUAUGGCUUCAUUGACAGCUUCUUUCCUGUAGCAAAGGAUGAGUAUCAAUUACAUAUCAAAUACCAACUAGAACCAAACUAACGUUACCAUAAAUGCUUCUUAGCAGAUAAUCAGCUAACAAUGGAGCUUAUCUUGUAAAAUGAGCUGAAGCAUGUUGAAAUUAUUAGUUUUACUAACAAAACAUUUCAGAAUAUUCAACUAAUAAUUAACACAUAAACUUACAGAUGAAUGUCUGAAGAACAGAUGUUUGGAAAAUCAAACAAUGUCCAGUAGGUGGCAGUAAAGCUCAAUUUGUGAUUCAAAAUAAAACCAAAGAAAAGAUUCUGAUGGAGUCCGGUCGGUCCGGUCCGGUCCGGUCCUCCUUCAGAUGUCGUUCAUGUUGAAGGUUAAAGGUCGCAGUGUGUCCCACAUUCUCCACAUCCGCCCUUCGCCCAUUUUGGGUUUUAUUUCCGUCCUUAAGCGAACUCCGGACUUUAAGAGAAGUGUAUUACCCACAAUUCAUUGCUGCAAGUGACGUUUUGAGUUAAAAGGCGGAUUUAUGGAAAUAUUGUUGUUUUCUCCGUCUUUAUAGAAAAUUCAAAGAAAAUGUUUUGAGAAGGCAAAUUAAUAAUAAAAAGUUUGAUUUAAUACACUGAUAAAAAAAAGAAGAAAUAAAAAAAAUAACCACAAAUGAAAGACAAAUUUCAAAUGCUAAAUUAACAUAUUAACAUAUUGGAGUAAAAAAUGGGCUUUUAUAAUGUUGCAACGUUUAAUCGCUCUCAAAUAAAAUUAUUUCCCUAUAAAAUGGGAGUGAUUUUUAGAAAGCAAUAUUUUUGAAAAAAACUUGAAUAUACCAUAAUUUAUCCUCAUCUCCUGUCAGAAGGCCCAAUUUUAUUAAAUUAAAAUUGUAAUUUAACUUGAUUAAACUUAAAGAUGGAAUAGAUUUAUUGUACAAUAACCACUUUU